CAGGACCUCAUGCAGACAGACGGGACGUUCGUGAUGGGCUCCAAGUCGCGUCGCAGGUCCAGAUCCACGAGCCGGAGCCGAGCGCGGCGGAACAGGUCCCGGGUGAGCCGGUCCCGCUCCCCCGAGGAGAGGAGAGGGCGCAGCGCCGCCAGAGGAGCCCGGUCCGGGUCCAGGUCCGGGUCCAGCAGCGGAGCGGAGAACCGAGGGGGGCCGCGGGGGAGCCGCCAGCAGGGCCGCUCAUCAAGUUCUGAUUCAGAUGACCGCAAGAUGAGGAGGAGGAUGGAAGCGGAGAAUCGUAGCAGAGCAUCUCGAGACGGGAAGAAGGAAAGGUCCCCGUCUCCCACUGACUCCCGUGAUGGGAGUAGUGACAGAGAAAGAAGAAGAAGAGGAAGGAGGAGUGCCGAGAGAGGGAGUCCAGCCAGAGACAGACAGAGGGGGGAGCAUAGCAGGGAGUGGUGGGGAGAUAACAGCAGAGAUCGUGAAAGAAAAGGAGACAGAGACCAAAGCCGAGAGAGAAAGAUGAGAAGUAAAGACAGGGAGCAAGAGAGGAGCAGGAGAAGCAAAGAGAGGACUGACGGGAACAGAGGCAGACACCGUUCCAGUUCGUCCGAGUCAUCCAGUAGUUCAGGGUCUGAUGAUGAGAGAUGUGCCGUCAAAGAAAAAGAGGACAGGAAGAAAAAGAAUGAGAUGAUGAAAGCUCUGGAAACGCCAGAAGAGAAGAGGGCCAGAAGAUUGGCAAAGAAGGAGACAAAGGAGAAGAAAAGGAGAGAGAAGAUGGGCUGGAGUGAAGAAUACAUGGGAUACACUAAUGCAGACAAUCCUUUUGGUGACAAUAACCUGUUGGGUACAUUCAAAUGGCAGAAGGCGUUGGACCUAAAAGGCAUUGGCCAUCUCGGAGAAAAAGACCUCAAGGACAGAAACAAACGUAUUCAAGAGGAGAACCGCAGAGAGCUGCAGAAGGUGAAACAGCUGCGUUUGGAGCGGGAACGAGAGAAAGCCAUGAGAGAGACGGAACUGGAAAUGCUGCAGAGAGAAAAAGAGGCAGAACACUUCAAAACCUGGGCUGAACAGGAGGACAACUUCCACCUGCAACAGGCCAAACUAAGGUCUAAGAUUAGAAUUCGUGAUGGUCGAGCCAAGCCCAUUGACCUUUUAGCUAAGUACAUCAGCGCAGAGGAUGAUGAUCUGGCUGUGGAGAUGCAUGAACCCUACACGUUUCUCAAUGGGCUGACUGUCACCGACAUGGACGAUCUGCUAGAGGACAUAAAGGUGUACAUGGAGCUUGAGCAAGGAAAGAACGUGGACUUCUGGAGAGACAUGACGACCAUCACAGAGGACGAGAUCGGCAAACUGAGAAAACUGGAGGCGUCUGGGAAAGGACCAGGUGAUCGGCGUGAGGGCAUCAACACGGCUGUGAGCAACGAUGUCCAGACUGUGUUCAAAGGAAAGACGUACAGUCAGCUGCAAGCGCUGCACUUGAACAUCGAGACAAAGAUUCAGGCUGGAGGAUCGAAUCUUGACAUCGGCUACUGGGAGAGUCUCUUGCAGCAAGUCAGAGUUUACAUGGCCAGAGCCAGGUUGAGAGAGCGACACCAGGAUGUGCUGCGUCAGAAACUGUUCAAGCUCAAACAGGAACAGGGAGUGGAAAGCGAACCGUUGUUUCCGAUCGUCAAAGAGGAAAUGCGAAGUGAUGACGACGAUGAUGAUGAGCAAAGAACAAGAGGUCAAACAAGGGAUUCUUCAACAGACGAAUCCUCCACAAGAAAAUCUAAGAGAAGAGAAGCAGAGGAGGACGAGGGGGCGGGGCCGUCCACGUCUGCAGCCGGGAGCCGAGAUGAGCAGGGAGGAGAGCAGAGUGAAGGGAAGGAUGAAGAGGGGAAAGGUGAAGUUGUGGAGGCUGUGUUGACGGAGGAGGACCUGAUCCAGCAGAGCCAGGCAGAGUACGACUCAGGUCGCUACAGUCCCGCGCUGCUCACGUCCUCCGAGCUGCCGCUGGACUCUCACAGCAUCACCCCGGAGGAAGACAUCCACAGAUUACAGUUGGCCCGCAGACAGCUGCAAGUCACAGGUGACGCCAAUGAAAGCGCCGAGGACGCCUUUGUACGUAGAGCAAGAGAGGGCAUGGGAACUGAUGAGGCUCAGUUCAGCGUGGAGUUUCCCGUCACCGGGAAGAUGUACCUGUGGGCAGACAAAUAUCGUCCCAGGAAACCCCGCUUCUUCAACAGGGUCCACACGGGCUUCGAGUGGAACAAGUACAACCAGACGCAUUACGACUUCGACAAUCCUCCUCCCAAGAUUGUUCAGGGUUACAAGUUCAACAUCUUCUACCCCGACCUGAUCGACAAGCGCUCUACACCCCAGUACUUCCUCGAGCCCAGCCCCGACAACAAAGACUUUGGGAUUUUAAGGUUUCAUGCGGGUCCGCCAUACGAGGACAUUGCAUUUAAGAUUGUAAAUAGGGAGUGGGAGUACUCACACCGACACGGCUUCCGCUGUCAGUUCGCCAACGGGAUCUUUCAGCUGUGGUUCCACUUCAAGAGGUAUCGCUACCGGAGAUGAAGGCUGCUCAACGGUAUGGACUCAGGAAAAGGGUUUUAUACGUGCAGAUGGAAUAGUUUAGGUCUACGGUUGUUUUGGCUGUUGCCAUAGAAAAAAUAGUUAAAGCUACAAAUCACUCUGUACUGGUGUCUGUCAAAGUUAAUUACAAUUGUAAUCUGGAAAGUACAUAUUAAAGGAGUUAUACACAUUUUUACUAUUUGCCAACAGCCACUGUUUUAUGGUUUCUAGUCUCAACGGAAGAUUAAUGUGUCACAGUUUAGUUCAAACACUUAAAUUAAAUAAACCUUUAACCUGAGCAGCUACACAAGAGGUAUAAAAAUAAAAGAUUCACAGUGGCAGGUGACCAACACCUGACCAGCCUGUUUCUGGCACCGCAAGUCCUGCUGAAGGUUUGAUGAAAAACUCUUCUUUGUAUUUGGAAAGAAAACAGGACUGACCAAAAAACGGAUUUUAAAAAAACACAUUUUAAUGUGGAAAAAAACAAGUUUUUUAAACUAGCUGUUAGAAAAAAGAAAUUGCUCAUUUUCAUUUAUAGCACAGUCCGAGUGAGAAUAUAUAAAUUUUAAUCACGAAAAAAAAAAACAACUUGUAACUGCACUUGGACAUUAAAAUAACAAUUAUACAUAAAACAAGAGGCAAAGUAGAAAUCUUGUACUUGCACUAAAGACACAAAUAUACAUAUUCUUGUGCUCAGUCUCAACAGUGAACUCUGAAAACAAAACUUUUAAUUACGUGGAUUUUUUUGUUGUUGCUGUAAAUGGCUCUUAAGUGCAGAUUUAAUCUCAACUGAGACAUUAACUGAUACAUGCAGUAGUUGUGCUCACAAACAAAAGACUGGAACAUUCCCAUCUACAUCCAACGAUGCCCACAGUGAAAGUUUUUUUUCCAGUCAGGAUUAAUGUAAUGUUUUACAUUUUUUUAAAGUCAAGAAAUAAACAGCUAACAACACAAACAAAAGUUU